GUUUGCCAUGGCGCAGGGAGCGGAUCGAGCGACCCCGGCGCGGAUCUAGGGCUGCGGGCGGCUCUUCGAGGGAGCUGUUCCGGGGCGGCGGGGCUCUCCAUGGUGUGUCGGGCCGGGGUCGGGAGCGGCUGGGAGGCGGCGGUGAGGCCGUAGUGAGGGUCCUCCUCGCCCCCCCAGCUCCCCCAGCCCGGCCCCGGGGUGUUAUUGUGAGGGGGAGACAAUGAGCAAACUCUCCUUCCGAGCCCGGGCGCUAGACGCCGCCAAACCGCUGCCUAUCUACCGCGGCAAGGACAUGCCCGACCUCAAUGACUGCGUCUCCAUCAACCGUGCCGUGCCGCAGAUGCCCACGGGCAUGGAAAAGGAGGAGGAAUCGGAACACCAUUUGCAAAGAGCAAUCUCAGCACAGCAAGUCUUCAGAGAAAAGAAAGAGAAUAUGGUUAUUCCAGUUCCUGAAGCAGAAAGUAAUGUCAACUAUUACAGUCGUCUGUACAAAGGAGAAUUUAAACAGCCAAAGCAGUUCAUUCAUAUUCAACCCUUUAAUUUGGACAAUGAACAACCUGAUUAUGAUAUGGACUCAGAAGAUGAAACAUUAUUAAAUAGGCUUAAUCGGAAGAUGGAAAUCAAACCACUGCAAUUUGAAAUUAUGAUAGACAGGCUUGAAAAAGCUAGUUCUAAUCAGCUUGUAACACUUCAGGAAGCUAAGCUGCUGCUAAAUGAGGAUGAUUAUCUUAUUAAGGCUGUCUAUGACUACUGGGUAAGGAAACGUAAGAACUGCCGAGGGCCAUCUCUCAUCCCCCAAAUCAAACAAGAGAAAAGAGAUGGUUCUACCAACAAUGAUCCCUAUGUGGCUUUUCGGAGGAGAACUGAGAAAAUGCAGACCAGAAAGAAUCGGAAAAAUGAUGAAGCCUCUUAUGAGAAGAUGCUGAAACUAAGACGAGAGUUCAGUAGAGCCAUAACAAUUUUAGAGAUGAUUAAGAGACGAGAGAAAACAAAACGAGAGUUACUACAUUUGACAUUAGAAGUUGUGGAGAAAAGAUAUCAUUUGGGUGAUUAUGGAGGAGAAAUACUUAAUGAAGUUAAGCUGAAUUCAACUGAGAAAGAGAUGAACACCACCCCUGCAGCACUUCAUAAUGGAAAUCACCACAAAGUUCAAGACUGUAAAGUUAAGCAUGCUCACCAUUCAUCUCUAAAAGAGGAAGUGUCUGAUGUUGUCCGUCAAAAGAAGAAGUAUCCAAAGAAGCCUAAACUUGAGAGUGUAAUAAGUCCUCAGCAGUCUACUACUGAGCCCUUGCCUGUGAUCAGUAAAAGUGAUAUCAAACAAUAUGACUUCCACAGUUCAGAUGAAGAUGAAUUCCCCCAGGUAUCCUCACCAAUAUCUGAGCCAGAAGAAGAAAAUGAUCCUGAUGGAGCCUGUGCAUUCAGAAGAAGAGCAGGAUGCCAAUAUUAUGCUGCUCAUUUGGACCAAACUAAUUAUUCUCAUGAAAAUUCAGAACUGGCAGAAUUGGAUAAGCUAAGAUACAGACAUUGUCUCACAACACUUACAGUUCCAAGAAGAUGUAUAGGAUUUGCAAGAAGACGAGUUGGGAGAGGUGGAAGGGUAUUAAUGGACCGGAUAGCCACAGAAAAUGAUCCUGUCCUGAAGCAGAUUGAUCCAGAUAUGCUAAAUAGUUGUUCAAGCUCUUCCCAAAAUAUAGACAUUUCUUCUAAUUUUUCACGGACCAAUGCUUCCAAUAAACAUUGUGGAAAUAAACUUUCCCUUUCUGAAAUACUAAGCAAUAUCAGGUCAUGUCGACUGCAGUGUUUCCAACCAAGGCUACAAAACGUACAGGACAGUGAUAGUGAAGAAUGUACCUCAAGGAAACCAGGGCAGGCUGUGAAUAAUAAAAGAGUUUCUGCACCUUCUGUAGCUUUAUUGAACACCAGCAAGAAUGGGAUUUCAGUAACUGGGGGUAUUACAGAAGAACAAUUUCAGACACAUCAACAGCAGUUAGUUCAAAUGCAAAGGCAGCAACUUGCUCAGCUCCAGCAGAAACAGCAGUCUCAGCAUCAGUCCCAACAGACAUAUCCAAAAGCACAGGGCUCAAGCACUUCUGAUUGCAUGUCAAAAACGCUUGAUUCGGCCAGUGCCCAUUUUGCUGCAUCUGCAGUGGUGAGCGCACCCGCUCCCAAUCGGGGUGAGGUGACAAAGGAACAGAGUGCCAGCCACAAUAUCAACGGUGUUGUUCAGCCAACAGCAACAUCAAAAACUCUGUAUUCCACCAAUAUGGCUCUGUCAUCUAGCCCAGGGAUCUCAGCUGUACAACUUGUAAGGACAGUUGGUCACACCACCACAAACCAUUUAAUCCCAGCAUUGUGCACAAACAGCUCUCAAACACUUCCGAUGAACAAUUCUUGUCUCACCAAUGCAGUGCACCUCAACAAUGUCAGUGUUGUUUCUCCAGUCAAUGUACAUAUCAAUGCAAGGACUUCAGCACCAUCGCCAACCGCCUUAAAACUUGCCACAGUUGCUGCCAGUAUGGAUAGAGUGCCAAAGGUGACUCCAAGCAGUGCCAUCAGCAGCAUAGCAAGAGAGAACCACGAACCCGAAAGAUUGGGUUUGAAUGGAAUAGCAGAGACUACAGUAGCAAUGGAGGUGACAUAACCUAACACAGUAGCUCAAUGUGUGCUGAUGGUGUCAUUUAUAUUCCAGCUGAAUGCAAAACAAAACUCUGUGGAUCACAGGGGAUUAAAAUGGACCUAAACGGACUAUCAUAUCGUAUAUUAAGUCGAUAUAUAAUGUACAUUUUGUAAAAUUGGGAAAAUCACUACCUUGUAAAAUAGUUUAUUUGUAUCAUCAAUAUUAUUUCUGUUACUUGAAUAGUAGAUAUUCAUCAUCAUGCUUUUGCACUUGAAUUUGCAACUGAAUGGAUUUAAAAAUAAUUCUUUAAAUGGGAUCAUGAGCAUGAAAUGGGAUCCUGCAUCACUUGUUUUAACUAUUUAUUUUGCCAUGUUUACAUUUUGUAUCUUGUAAAAAAUAAAUCCAACUUUGUGUCUAAAAAAAGUUAAAGAUUCAUAGCUAGGAAAAAUUCUUGUAAUUUUUUUCUAAAGGAAAUGUAAAGUUUUCACUUGGUUCAUUUUGUUUCACAAUUUUAGAUGGACUUUUUGGUAAAUACUUUAGUGGCAUUUCACUGUCAAAUAUGAAGUUCAAGGCAAAAUAGUAUUUUCUAUUACUGUGCAGGGGAAAGGGAUGGAUCGAUACAUGCAAAUUUAAUGUAGUAACCCACUUUUCCAUAUAUUUUGAAUGUAUAUUUCUAUUUAUAAUACCAAUUUAUAAAAAAUAAUUACACAGAAAACCUGACUAGUACAAAUUAUGCAUCUAGCACAUAUUAAACUGUGCAGAUAUGAAGAAAAUUUUCAACUGAUUAUAUUUUAUCUGAAGUCUGCAUAAUUUAACCGGCUUUUAACUGUAACACACCACAUAAAUGAUAUUUUACCAGGUAUGUAUUGCAUUAUAUAUCAUUGCAAUAAUUAUUGGAUGUCUAGAUAUCGAGCCAUCCCAGGUAAUGGGGGAGGGGGGAGGGUCAUGGCAGAUUGUCUUUCAAUUUUGGAAAGUUUUCCUGUGGCUACAAGGCAAGUAACGGGUUGGAAAAAGUCUGACUGUAAGCGUUGGACACCUUCGUAGUGUAGUGUUUUAGUGACUUUUUUUAUACGGUUCUUGUAAAUUAGAUACGUGUAGUGGUGUUUCAGAAUGUUUGUUUAUGCACUAGUUCAGACAACUUUCCCUGUUACUUGUUCUUGAUAAGUGAAAACUGCAGGGAAAUAAAAAUACAUAUCAAAACAUGGGCAUCUUGCAUACGUAUUUAUUUCACAACAUGGAGAACAAUUUGUAAUUUUUGCAAGCCAGUAGUUAUCAAACAGACACCAGCAAUUUGGCACGAAUAAGUUCAGCACCACCUCAAUAGAAUGAUGAUUCUAGAAGUGCAGGCAUGUAACCUGCUGGAUCAGGAAGUGUGUGUGCAAAAACUUGGUGGAUGGAAUUGGGUACUUAUAUCCAGCACUUGGGUUGUGUGUACAUAAUCCCCACAUUGAGACCGGUACUCUGUAAACAUGGAACAAAGUGACACUGCUUUCUAUGUGAUGAGCGCUAGGCAUGUACAGAACUCUAUGGGCAGCACAUAGCGCAUGUAGUUUCUGAACUGGGACUUGAAACUGUUUAAAGAGUUUUCCUUCAUUUGUACUUGGUGUAUGUGCAUAUUGCACAUAUAAUCACUACCUCAUAGCUGUAAUUUAUGCUGUACACGCUUUUGCAUAAUUAUCUGAAUGGAAAUUUACUAUUUGAUUAUGUAAGUGGCAAAUCAUAACAAUACUUCACUAAUUUUUAUCUUCCUCCAGGUAUAUUUUUGAAGUGAGUCUGAACAUAUUUAAAGUAAAGAGAAACAAAUUUGGCUUCUUUAGGUUCAAUUUAAUUUUAUUACUGAUUUUUAUGUUGUGCUUCUUUUAAAAGGAUAAAUCGUGUGUAUACCAUGUUAUUAAUACUUCCAUUUGGUCGUUAUUAUAUAAAAAUCUCUGCCUCUUUUAAAGUGAAAUGGAUUGACCCUUUUUGCUUCUUGGCUAUCAUAGUUUUCCAAAGAUUAAAAAAGUAGUCAGAAAAUAUUAGCUAGUGCAUGUUUUUGCUCCAUGAAGUCAAAGAGUUAAUGAUUGCAUUUGCAUACCAGUCUAGUAUGCUUUAACACUACAACUUUGCUCAGGAAAUACAUUCUAGGUAAUUAUGGCUGAUCUUUAUUUCUCAGCCACCUUCCUAGAAAUUAGCCUUUAAAAAGGCUGAGGACAGUAUAUGUGAAGUGAAGCGACACAGCAUGCAUUGGAUGGAAAAAGUCAAAGACACUUGGAUAUUCUUUAGUUACAGGUUUACCCAUGAUCUGAUUUGAAUCAAUAAAA